ACACUUCUCAGCAUGUGUAUUGCAAGACUGCACAAGCAGCUGGGUGCUCUCGCCGAGAUCUAGCAAGUUUUAAACAAGGAUUCUUCCUAGAUACCUGCUAAGUGAAGCUUGCGGAGCAGCUGAAGAUCACCGGACGUAAGAACAGCAUGCGGAUAGCCCGUGGUGCCACAAGUGACGCCUGCCACCAUGUGCCGUUUCCGCCUUUGCAAACGGUUGGUCAAGUAUGCACAGCUUGUUCUUCGUUGUUUAGAAUGCCUCCGCAGCCAUGACGUCCAUGAGUCGCUGCGGAACCGCAGUACGAAAGCAUUCUUGAAAAUAUAUAUAGUCUCGAGUGAGGCUCUCGCUCGGGAGCAGCGCGAACUGUGCAGACAAGCCCAACGACUGACAUGUCUGCCCCCCCCCCCCGAGGCGAGGCGAGUUUUCAAUGGCAUUUGUAGCGUCCCUCCACCUCCUAUCACUGUACAGCCUCAUGUCUGUGCUUCCAUGAGCAUGACUGAUACCUGAUCAGGUCCGAUGUCUCGCAGACGUGUCAUGGGCAGGAAAUGCGGAAAG